ACUCGCAUUGACCCGGACUGGGGCGUGACAUUGGGAUGCUCGGUUUACAACCGUUCCGGUCGCGUGGCUAUGAAAAUAUCGGGCUAUUAACGCGAUCCGUUGCCAACUGCAAAUCCCCGGUGGCGUGUCUCGUGAGCAGAGAGGCGCUUGACGCGUUCACGCGCUCCCUUAUAUAGGAACGUGUGGCGCCGCCUCCUUUCUCAUCCACGGAGAGCAGUCGGUGUGUGCAGUUGUAAUCUAUCCUGAGUAAUUCACUUGCGUGGGGAGGCGGACCAAUAAGGGCGUGAACGCACACAAAAAAAGGCACGGAUAACGGAAAAGACACCAGACGAGAGCAGCGCGCGGAGACGAGGGUCACAGCCGCUCAGUUUUGAUCACUUUAACAACAUCGGACUCCAUUCAGUCACUGGCAAUCAAGAUGAGCACAGUGAAACAGUCCGAACCGGGACCGUCAGAGGAGAUGAUGAGGAUGAUGGUGAUGCACGAGGCGCUCACGGGCAGCGAUGCUCGCCGUUACGGUUCCCCGGUGGCUUGUGUAGAAUGAGAGUUUGGGUCAGUGCGCAGAGAUGUCGGUGCCUUUGCUGAAGAUCGGUGUGGUGCUCAGCACCAUGGCAAUGAUCACCAACUGGAUGUCCCAGACACUGCCAUCACUAGUGGGGCUCAACACCACCAAACUGACCGCGGCGCAGGGCGGCUAUCCUGACCGGAGUAUAGGAGUUUUACCUGCUAACCCAGAGGAGUCCUGGCAGGUGUACAGCUCGGCUCAGGACAGCGAGGGCAGGUGUGUGUGUACGGUCGUCGCACCUCAGCAGACCAUGUGCUCAAGGGAUGCCCGCACCAAACAACUCCGCCAGUUACUGGAAAAGGUGCAAAACAUGACGCAAUCAAUCCAAGUAUUGGACCAGCGGACCCAGAGGGACCUGCAGUACGUUGUAAAGAUGGAAGAUCAGCUCCGUGGCCUGGAGACCAAAUUCAGACAGGUGGAGGAGAACCACAAACAAAACAUCGCCAAGCAAUACAAGGCCAUAAAGGCAAAAAUGGCGGAGCUGCGUCCGCUGAUUCCCGUACUGGAGGAGUACAAAGCGGAUGCGCGACUGGUUCAGCAGUUUAAGGAGGAGGUGCAGAACUUGACGUCCAGCCUCGGCCUCCUCCAGCAGGAGAUGGGAGCCUAUGACUAUGACGACCUGCACUCCCGCGUGAUUAGUCUUGAGGAGCGGCUACGUGCGUGCAUGCAGAAGCUUGGUAAGACACACAACAAAUACAUGUUUAUCUUUCUCAAAAAAGUUUACCCAAGACAUGAUAGUGGCUCAACACUGUUUGAAUUUCAGGUACAGUAUAAAAUAAACUCAAUUUGUGGCACAAUGUUGAUCAUCCCAAAAUUUGUUGAAUGUUGAAAAAUGUUGAAAUACUCACUGUUUCAAUAUUACAGCCACAAGAUGUAAACCAUAGGCA